CAGAUGGUGCUCUGCUUGGGAGAGAAUGACCGGCACCAUCCAGCAGCCAAUCGCUUAGUCAGGAAGCAGCUGACUCGUUUGGACAGCGCCAGGUGCUGUUCUCAUAUUUUCCUUGGAGGAGCACUAGGCUACGGGCGAAGAGUAGAAAAUAGGCAGACAACUAGUCAAUAAGGUUGCAGGUGGCGUUUCGAAGCGUUUGGAUGUCUGCAAUCUAGACCAUGCUCUCCUCAAGGAUAGCCUACAUGGGAACCGUGCUGAAUGAAUAUAGAAACGACAAACCGCUGUAAAUAGGCUACCCGUUGCUGCUUGAAUCACAUGGAAUAGAUUAAGAAUAAUUUUACAUGAUAAUAUUGAAGGAAUCCGAUUAGGCUAUCUAUGUAUUUAUUUUAUUUAUUUGUUGGGUAUGUAGGCUAUUGACGCAUAGAGGUGAAAGCUAUUUGCACAAACCUUAGGCUACUAAUGUCCAAAUAAACUGGAUGCAACUGAGAAGAGAGGGGCUUGCAUGUCAACGAGACUCACCUUGCAGUCCUGAGGUCUUGAUGAAAGAAAAACUCUGAACAGUGGGAGACUCACUGUAACACUGUAACUGUUUAAUUGGAACCCCCUGCACAUCUUUUCCCGUCUGGACAAUUUUAGAGGGAUACAACUACAAUCAGCACCCCCUCUGAUUAAUGACAAUCACACAGCUCCCUCCAAGGUCAUCUACCCCUUCUGGUGUCCAACCCUGUGGGUUUAGACAGGUGAACGCAGACAGACAGCAUGGCUAGAGGGAGGUUUAUCUACUGUCUACUAGGCCAGUUGUUCGCUGGCCUGAUUCUGUCGUCCGUUGGACUAUCCUCCAUCCAGAGAGAUAAUGAGUGUCCCCAGCAGUGUGUGUGUGAGAUCCGACCCUGGUUCACCCCCCAGUCCACCUACAGAGAAGCCACGACGGUGGACUGCAACGACCUCCGUCUCACACGCAUCCCAGGCAACCUGUCCAGUGACACGCAGGUGCUCCUCCUGCAGAGCAACUACAUCGCCAGGACCAGUGAGGAGCUGGAGCAGCUCUACAACCUGACAGAGCUGGACCUGUCUCAGAACAACUUCAGCAGCAUCCGCGACGUGGGCCUCAGCAACAUGUCUCAGCUCACCACCCUUCACCUGGAGGAGAACCAGAUCACUGAGAUGCCUGACUACUGCCUGCAGGACCUCAGCAACCUGCAAGAGCUCUACAUCAACCAUAACCAGAUCAACAUUAUCUCCCCCAAUGCCCUCUCUGGCCUGCACAACCUGCUCAGGCUCCAUCUCAACUCUAACAGGCUCAAGGCCAUCGACAGCCGCUGGUUUGAGUCCACGCCCAACCUGGAGAUCCUCAUGAUCGGGGAAAACCCUGUCGUUGGCAUCCUGGACUUUAACUUCAAGCCUCUUGUAAACCUGAGGAGCUUGGUUCUGGCUGGAAUGGAUUUAACAGACAUUCCUGGAAAUGCUUUUGUGGGACUAGACAACCUAGAGAGUCUCUCCUUCUACGACAAUAAGCUAGUCAGAGUUCCUCAGAAAGCUCUUCAGAAAUUACCUAACCUCAAGUUCUUGGACUUGAACAAAAAUCCUGUGCACAAAAUCAAAGAGGGGGACUUGAAGAACAUGCUGAGGCUGAAAGAGCUGGGCAUAAACAACAUGGGGGAGCUGGCCUGCAUUGACCGAUUUGCCCUCGAUAACCUCCCUGAGCUCACCAAGCUGGAGGCCACUAACAACCCCAAGUUCUCCUACGUGAACCGCCAGGCCUUCCGUGACCUCCCUGCCCUGGAGAGCCUCAUGUUGAACAACAAUGCCCUUAACGCCCUCUACCAGUCUACCGUGGACUUCCUGCCCAACCUGCGUGAGAUCAGCAUCCACAGCAACCCCAUGCGAUGCGACUGCGUCAUCCAGUGGAUGAGCUCCAACAAGACCAGCAUCCGCUUCAUGGAGCCCCUCUCCAUGCUCUGUGCCAUGCCAGCCGAGGUCAGAGGGCAGCAUGUGAGGGAGGUGCUCCAGCAGGACUCAGCGGAGCAGUGCCUGCCGAUGAUCUCCCACGACACCUUUCCCAACCACCUGAACCUGGACAUCGGCAUGACUGUGGAUCUGGAUUGCCGAGCCAUGUCCCAGCCCGAACCGGAGAUCUACUGGGUCACGCCCAUGGGGAACAAGGUGAUGAUGGACACCAUGUCUGAUAAGUACAGCCUCAGUAGCGAAGGAACGCUGCGCAUCUCUCACAUCCAGGUGGAGGACUCUGGCAGGUACACCUGUGUGGCACAAAAUGCUGAGGGGGCGGACACUCGGGUGACUGCUAUUAGGGUGAAUGGUACUCUCUUAGACAGCACCCAGCUGAUGAAGGUCUACGUGAAGCAGACUGAGUCCCACUCUAUCCUGGUCUCCUGGAAGGUGAACUCCAAUGUCAUGACCUCCAACCUCAAGUGGUCAUCUGCCACCAUGAAGAUAGACAACCCCCACAUCACCUACACAGCCAGGGUCCCAGUGGAUGUCCAUGAGUAUAACCUCACACACCUACAGCCUGCCACCGAGUACGAGGUGUGUCUCACCGUCUCCAACAUCCACCAGCAGAUGCAAAAGUCCUGUGUCAACGUCACGACGAAGCACGCAGCCUUUGCUGUGGAGAUAUCUGACCAAGGCACUAACACCGCUCUCGCAGCUGUCAUGGGAACCAUAUUCGGCAUCAUCAGCCUGGCUUCUAUGGCUGUGUACAUUGCCAAGAGGUGGAAGAGGAAAAACUACAAUCACUCCCUGAAAAAGUACAUGCAGAAAACAUCCUCCAUCCCCCUUAAUGAGCUCUACCCUCCCCUCAUCAACCUGUGGGAGGUGGACAGUGAGAAGGACAAAGAGGUGUCCUCCUCCUCAGAGACCAAACCCAGCCAAGUGGACACUACACAGAGCUACUAUAUGUGGUGAUAGCUACUGGGUCAUUCCACCAAUUCGGUGCCUUUUGAGAAGUGUAACUUGGUCAAAAAAAAUUAUAAUUUGAUUUCAUCUAAUUGUAUCAUUCUGUCAUAAAGAGCACAUGAUGAACUUCAUAAAAACACGUUUUCUCAUCUCAAGAGGUUAAAUAAAAAAUUACUAUGGUAAGUGUCUAUUAAGUGCCAAAUAAAGUAACAGGGUUGACGGUAACAGGGUGGACGAUUUCAUCUAAAAUCAGCCAUAAAUCCCCUUGUGACAGGGGGAAUUGAAGCUUGUUGUGUUCAACAGGUAGGGGCAAUUGAAUGCAAGCUUCACAACAAAAUUGAAAUUGUUAAAACAUUUCUAGCCUGUCUAUGGAUAACCUCA